AUGCGUUAUGCAACAACAAGAAAUCCUUCAAUAAAUCCGCCAUUCCUCAAAACUGUAGCUGUAUUUUUUAAUGAAAUUGUUAAAUUCUUUACUUCUUUAAUUUUAUUUUUUGUAAUUACUGGAAAUAAUAAAAAGGCAUUUUGUUUAAUUAAAAAGCAUUUUUUUACAAAUUUUUUGGAUACACUCAAAGUUGGAAUACCUGCAUUUAUUUAUGUUAUUCAAAAUUUUCUUUUAUAUGUGGCAGUCGAGAAUUUAGAUGCUGGGACUUAUAUGGUUACUUAUCAACUAAAAAUCCUUACAACAGCAAUAUUUACUGUUUUAAUUCUAAAAAGAAAACUUUCAAUUCAACAAUGGAUUUCUUUAAUUGUUUUAAUUUUGGGUGUUGCUAUUGUACAAAUUAGUGCAAAUAAAAAUAAGCAACAAUUAAUUAACAAUAAUAAUUUAAAUACAACAACAAUAAUUAAUUUAAAUAAUUUAAAUUUAACUAAUUUUGUGGUAAAUAAUACAAAUAAAGAAAUUUUAAACAAUUCCUCCUCCUCCACCUCCCUUACCCAUCACCAACAUAUUCAAAAUCCAUUUAUUGGCUUUAUUUCAAUAAUUAUUGCUUGCAUUCUUUCGGGUUUUGCGGGUAUUUAUUUGGAAAAAAUAUUAAAAUCUAAUGAUGUUUCUAUUUGGUUGAGAAAUACACAAUUAGCUUUUCUUUCUAUUCCGAUUGGUCUUUUUGUUAUUUGGGUAAAUGAUAGUGAAAAAGUUAAAAUAAAAGGAUUUAUGCAAGGUUUUGAUUUAAUUGUUUGGAUGGCUGUUUUACUUCAAGCUCUUGGUGGUUUAGUUGUUGCUAUUGUAAUUAAAUAUGCAGAUAAUAUAUUAAAAGCUUUUGGAACUUCUGUUUCUAUUGUUGUAGCCACAAUUGCUUCAAUUUUACUUUUUUCAAAUUUUCCUUCUUUACUUUUUAUUGGAGGAGCAGUUAAAAUUAAAAAAUAUUUAAUUUUGUCUAAUUUUUAUUUUAAAAAAGGUAUUGGUUAUUGGGGCUGUUGUUUUGUAUGGAAUAUUUCCUUAUAA